GCGGCGGCUCGGUGCGUGUGAGUCGCGAUUUGCUGAGCCCGGAAAGAAAAGUAAAUUUGCGGAGCGGCAGGUCCGAGAGGCUGUGCCGUGCUUCGGGCGUCCCUGCGGUUAGCGGCUCCUGUCAGGAAAUGUUCCUGGGAUUCUGGGGCAACAUGUAUCAAAGAAGAGAGAAAGUCUUUUGAUUCUUGCUCAAAGAAUUCACAACACAGAGAGGAACAAAGAAAUGGGAGAGAACGAAGUAAAGUUUUUACAGUUCUACUACUUACGGAAAAGGUUCGUUUUGACUUGACCUGACUGUUUUCAUGUAGGAUCGGAACUGUCUGCUGAAUCUCCAGAUGUUGCUAUGAGGAAAGAAGUCAGCAAUGACUGAUGUGGAGCCUGUGGUCACAGAUUUUGCAGCAUCAGGAAGGGCAGGCCGCCGGAAUGCCUUACCAGAUAUUCUGGGCUCUCCUGCUGGUGCUGGGACUUCAGACCUGCCACACAAACUGGCCGAGCUCUCUGUUUCAGAAGAUGAAGGAGCAGAGGGUGGAGAAGUAUCAUCAGCCAAAGCCUCGCUGGAAAGUCAAGACUCAGGAGGAAAAAGCAGUAAUUCCUAACACCUAAGGACUGCUGGAUUAAUGAAACUCAUCAACAGACUUUCUAGAGUUUCCCUGUGUCAUCAGUUCUGAAGUGUGGUAGCAACCGUAGACAUUUUGCAGCACACUUGUACCUAGAUAACAUUAACACAGAACGAAUGUUUUUUUUCUACAGUAGUCCAUCAAAAACAAUGUUCUACAAAUCUAAAUGAGAUGAGAACUAAAGAACAUAUCUGUUGUUUUGGGUUUUUUAAUAGUUGUAGUAUUCAUCCUAACCAAUCUUCUUUGGCAGUUUCAAAGAGUAUAGUUAGCAGAUGUACCAAGUAAUGACUGCUUCAAAAUAAAAUUUAUAUUUCUUAAUUUUCCAAAAUAACUUCUUUCUCUCUAACACAUAUGUAUAUUCACUCUUAACCUUAAGAUGAUAUUAAGUAUGUAUUAGGUUAAAGACAUCUAUCUGUAAUUUAUUUCCUGAGAUUUUUUUUCUCUUUAGGGGCAUAUAGAUAGGGGACAGAAAUAGAAAAAAAAAGUUUUUUUUUCUCUCUUCCUUCUAAUUCCAAAAGGUUUUGUAUUACUACUUAAUCCACCAGUGUAUGUUUUUAAACUUUCUUGCAUUUAUUCAAUUAUGGCAGACUAUCUCCGUUCUCCCAGCAGUCUUGCUGCUUCUGUCAUUUCUGUUCUCAAGCUUAAUAUUGUAGCUGUUCAUGUAUAUCUAAAAUAAAAUAGCCAUAUUUGUAAGUGAUUAAAACUGUUUAAUCUCACUGUGGAAAAUAAAUAGCUAUCUUCUUUUCUGCCUUC